GAAUACUUACAAUCAAAAAUAAUGAAGUUAAUCUUAUAGAAAUCGCCAUUGCGGCCGAUGAACUUCAAUUACUUGAAGCUUAUAAACAAAUUGAAAAUUAUUUGCUUAAUAAUAAAUUAGCUUGGAAACCAAAAGAUAUCAUUACGGCUUUGCAAAACGAUUAUUUCGCCAAUUUAUAUAAUUUUGCAUUAGGAUGGACACCAGAGAAUUUCAUGGAUCUAAAAUAUACCUUGCGAAUUGCUUUAAAAGUAUUCUACCAGAUGGCCUUGAUGAAGAAGUUUUAUACCACUUUUCGGAACCUAACUCCAAAAGCUUCAUUUGAAAUUUUACCAUUAAGAGGAUAUCCAUUUGAUUCGAAAAUUAUUAAUGCUAAAGAUGCAGCAUUAAUAGGAAUCGAGUUUCCUCUAAAGAAGAAGCAAGGUCCAUGCUUUGGUUUACAAGAUUUGUGUAUCAACCGAUUAAUAUCUCCUAACAAGGUCGGUGUUAUUUGUAAAAGCAGGCAAUCUUAUGAAAAGAAACUUAUAAACGAAGGAGCUUUUGAAAUAGAAGAAUACGAAGUAUUUCUAAUUGAUAACGGAUUCCCUAAACAA